AUGUAUCAGCAGUCUGGACCUAAUGAGUAUUCGGUAGUGAUAGUAUCUUUGGAAGAACGUUCUGUAAGCGUCGAACGAGCGGGAGUUGUUUCUCCAAUCACAGUCCGUUGGACGAAUAGCAACCGUACAAAUUCAUCGGUGUUGCAAUUUCCUUCAUUUUUGGAGUUGUCGGAUGCCUCACUCAAUAAAGAGGAGACUGAAGAACUUCUUAGAAAUACCUUGGAAACGAAGCACAGUAAACUUGCAGAAAUUUACACUUCGGAAUUGUUCCGUUGGUGCGAUUUCAAUCGUAGAGGAGGUAUCAAUGAAGUCGAAGAAAGGCUAAUCCAUUCAUUGCUUGUUGAUGUUUGUAUAGAACAAUUGGGGGUUUCUCCUCGCGAAUGCAAAGUUGUAUUUAUAGACGAUGGAUUUUCAGAAGUUUUCAAAUUCCAAAUGAUCGAUAUUUUGCUUUCAAAGCUAAAGUUCAGAUCGGUUAUAGUACAGGCCCUGCCAGUUUUGGCGAUUAUAGGCUCAAAUCGUGAUAGUGGAAUUGUGGUCGAUAUUGGAUGGAGCAAUUGUAGAAUUGUGCCAGUCAUAGAUCUUCGAGACCUCACUGUUAAUGGACGGUACCAAUACCCCCGAAAAUGGAAUGGUCUAACGCUUCAUUAUACUAUUGUUGAGAAGCUAAUAGAGCUUGAUGACAGAAUGGUAAAUGAGAAAUUGCUAUCAAGAAACGAUUUAUUUGAUAUAAUCGCGAAUUUUAUUGAGAAAUACAUCUAUGUCAGACCCAUUGAGGCCCAGCCUCGAAUUUUGGCAGAAUCAUUUGAGAUUGUGGAAGGUGUCUUUCUACCCAACAAGUGGAGAUACGAGAUCAUAGAAGAGAUGUUUUUUGGAAAGGAGUUGAUUUCUCAGCAGAUUUCUUCGCUUGUUAAGAGCGCGCAUAUUGACAACAGAAAAGUCUUGCUAAAGAAUAUUAUACUUAAAGGGGUAAUAGCGGAGAUAGCAGGAUUCAAGACCAGGUUGAUUCAGGAAUUGAACAAAGAAGUAAAUGGUACUGCUUGCGGAAAAGUCACGCUUGGUUCGUGGAGUGGAUGUUCCACAUAUGUCUCAAGUGUGUUGUCAAAACAAGACAAAGCUUCUUGGAAACAUUUGGAGAUCACCAGGGAAGCUUUUGCAGGUGUCUCUGGUCCAAAUGGCUACAGGCUUACAGGCUUGUUAGGUAGCAGAAAUGGUAAUAUAGUGAACAUUGAUAUAUAG